CAAGUUUAUACUACGAACAUUAAGUUAUGUAAAUUUUAUUUACAGGACCUUUGCAUCAACCUCAGUAUUCGGACAGUUCGCCACCAGUUCCGAAUCAAUUGCCUUUAGCAAUGGAUCCUUUACUAAUGAUGAAUGUCGCCCCUCACAAGCGUCAUUUGGGAGACAAUUUUAGUCAACGAGUGCGUAUGCGAUCGUGUUGCUUCGUCACUACUGUUGACAGUCGUUUUUUGGUCGCCUGUGGUUUCUGGGACAACAGUUUUAGGGUUUUCGCUACCGAAUCGGCAAAAAUUGUUCAGAUUGUCUACGGACAUUUCGGAGUGGUGACGUGUUUAGCUCGAUCCGAAUGCAAUAUUACAUCCGAUUGUUAUAUUGCUUCGGGAUCGGAAGAUUGCACUGUCCUCCUUUGGCACUGGAAUGCCAGAAUCCAAUGUAUAGCUGGAGAUAACAGUAAUCCCGAUGUUCCUACGCCUCGCGCUACUUUAACUGGUCACGAGAGUGAAGUUACGUGUAUCGUUGUCUCUGCCGAACUCGGAUUAGUAGUCAGUGGUUCUAAAGGUGGUCCUGUCCUUGUACACACGACAAGUGGUGAUUUACUUCGCUCUUUGGAAGCUCCCGAAACAUUCCGUUCGCCGGAUUUAUGUGCACUUUCACGCGAAGGAGUGAUUGUCGUCGUCUAUAAUCAAAGCAACGUCUGCUGUUUCACUAUCAAUGGAAAACGUCUCCGACACGAAGCUCAUCAUCACAAUAUCCAAGUAUAACGAAAUUGCCUAUUUAUUUUAAGUAACAAUUUUGCUUUAACUAGCGAUUUAAAUAUUACAUUUCUGUAUACUUUCUUCAUACAAGUAGAAUUUACAGACCCGACUACAAAGUUUGUGGCUAAUAAAAAAAGAGAAUA